AUGCGAGGUAGAGGUGGGGGUAGAGGGCACGCGCCCAGGAGAGGGAGAGGGAGCGGAGGGUGUGGGAGACGGAGGGGAGGGCGAUGGAGAGAUGUGAGGCCAGGUCUGUGUGAGGGAGGGGGGGAUGAAGGGAUGAAGGGGGAGAGGGCAGAUGGGACAGAGGAUAAGAAACGGAGGGUGCAAGGUAGGGCGUGCGCCCAGGAGAGGGAGAGGGAGUGGAGGGUGUGGGAGACGGAGGAGAGGGCGAUGGAGAGAUGUGAGGCCAGGUCUGUGUGGGGGAAGGGGGGAGAUGGGGGAGAUAGGGGAGAUGGGGGAGAUGGGGGAGAUGGGGGAGAUGGGGGAGAUGGGGGAGAUGGGGGAGAUAGGGGAGAUGGGGGAGAUAGGGGAGAUGGGGGAGAUAGGGGAGAUGGGGGAGAUGGGGGAGAUAGGGGAGAUGGGGGAGAUAGGGGAGAUAGGGGAGAUGGGGGGGAUAGGGGAGAUGGGGGAGAUAGGGGAGAUGGGGGAGAUAGGGGAGAUGGGGGAGAUAGGGGAGAUGGGGGAGAUAGGGGAGAUGGGGGAGAUAGGGGAGAUGGGGGAGAUAGGGGAGAUGGGGGAGAUAGGGGAGAUGGGGGAGAUAGGGGAGGUGGGGGAGAUAGGGGAGGGGAGAUGGGGGAGAUAGGGGAGAUGGGGGAGAUAGGGGAGAUGGGGGAGAUAGGGGAGAUGGGGGAGAUAGGGGAGAUGGGGGAGAUAGGGGAGAUGGGGGAGAUAGGGGAGAUGGGGGAGAUAGGGGAGAUGGGGGAGAUAGGGGAGAUGGGGGAGAUAGGGGAGAUGGGGGAGAUGGGGGAGAUGGGGGAAAUAGGGGAGGUGGGGGAGAUAGGGGAGAUGGGGGAGAUAGGGGAGAUGGGGGGGAUAGGGGAGAUGGGGGAGAUAGGGGAGAUGGGGGAGAUAGGGGAGAUGGGGGAGAUAGGGGAGAUGGGGGAGAUAGGGGAGAUGGGGGGAGAUAGGGGAGAUGGGGGAGAUAGGGGAGAUGGGGGAGAUAGGGGAGAUGGGGGAGAUAGGGGAGAUGGGGGAGAUAGGGGAGAUGGGGGAGAUAGGGGAGAUGGGGGAGAUAGGGGAGAUGGGGGAGAUAGGGGAGAUGGGGGAGAUAGGGGAGAUGGGGGAGAUAGGGGAGAUGGGGGAGAUAGGGGAGAUGGGGGAGAUAGGGGAGAUGGGGGAGAUAGGGGAGAUGGGGGAGAUAGGGGAGAUGGGGGGGAUAGGGGAGAUGGGGGAGAUAGGGGAGAUGGGGGGGAUAGGGGAGAUGGGGGAGAUAGGGGAGAUGGGGGAGACAGCAGACAGGAGAGAGGAUAA